AUGACAAUAGCCAAGCAGCCAGACCUUGUCCCAUACAAACACUUUUGGCACCAAGGAGAAUGGCUGAAAAAGAAUCUACACCUUCAAACAUGCUUGUCCCUCUCCUGCUGCUGAUUGGCUGGAUUGUGGGCUGUGUCGUGAUGGUUUAUGUGAUCUUCUCUUGAUAGAAGAAAGAAGAUUUCAGACUGACAUCUCUUAGAAGACCCAAGAAGAGAAAUGAAAAUGACUAAUCAUUAAAAAUAUUCUAUUGAUAAGCA